UAACAGCAAGUGGGGUGAGCAAAACGUAAAAUUUUGGAUAUUUGACAGUAACACAAAUUAUUUGGAACAAUUAUAUUUUCAAAAUGGAAUUUACAACGAAAUGGAAUACCACCUCAUUUGUGAAACGAUGCUGGUUCUGUAAAUCUACAAACCACAACAAGCGACAAUGUGAACUCUUCAAAAAUGCCAGGUAUUUCUGUUCAAAAUGCCAAAUUUAUGGACACCGUGAUAGAGAUCACCAGGAAUUCCCGACAAUCCAGCAAAAUUUCGUGAAAUCAACCAAAUCUGCUUCUACACAAACAAAACUUUUAAAAUCGAAUGAGCGGCCAAAGCAGCAUAAUAAAUCUUGCCAAACAGCAACUGUAAACAUGAAUAUUUAUAAAUUCAACAUGGACAACUACAAACGUAUAGAGAGCGAAUUAUUUGGACAGAAGAAUGGAAACCGAAUAUACAAGGAACGGAUCAUGGAACUAGAAUCACAGAAGGUUAAAAUUUUGGCUGACAUUAAAGCCCAAGACAGACAGAUCCAAGAAUUACAAGGGGACUUACAGGAAUAUUCUGAUCGCUCAAACAGGGAUGAUCAAACCAUCUCCAAACUGAAAUCUGAUCUGACGGAUUCUGAGGCGAGCUUAGAUAUAUUGACCAUUACCUGUGAUAAACAUCUAAAUACAAUCAUUGAUAUCAGGAAUCAACUCAAGGAACAAUCCAAAACAAUGGAAAUAUAUAAAACAGUGAUGAAAACCCACCAGCAGGAAAAAUUGGAUCAAAUUAUAACCAGAUUGGGAUCAACUGAAUCUACAACAAUAUGGAAACAAUUAGGAGAACAUCUAUUUUGGAAAGGAAAGACACCAAUACAUCACAAAGCCAUGAUAUUUGAUGUUUGAUUGAUGUAUAUGAUAUGCCAUAACCUACAACUACAAGAGAUAUGUGUGUGAUUAACUUCUUCAACUUAUGCAUAUUUACUAUAAUAUGAUAAUCUGGAACAACUUUUAUCUCCACUGGUCUUCAAUUGACUGUCAUGACAUCAGAUAUACAUAUAUCGUUAGGGACUAGCCUUUUACCACAAUGUGCCAAUCAAACCUAUUGAGUAAUCAAUCUUCAUGGUGUAUUUGUCUUAAAUUGAUGUUUAUUUAUUAGCCAGUUAUGGUGUUUAUUUAACUGCCUAUGGUGUUCAAGCCUUAUGGUGUAAAGUAACUAGCCUUUA